GUCAGUACAACACCCCGUUGCCUUCGUGCCUAUUGGUUGAUAUCAGCCGCGGGCGGGGCCGCAAGCAGGAAAAAGGGCACCAUAAACCCAGGACGGCUUCGUCGCGUUAGACGGUGCAACAUUAGCAACUUGAAGCGACACUCGCACAGUUGAUAUGGCGUUUCUCAUCUCCGUGCUGGUGGUCUUCGUCGUCGCUUCGAGAGUCCAGAGCGACGCCAAUGAAGAUGGCGACAUCAUCGACGUUCUCGAGGUGGUAAUGCAAUUUGAAGACGCGGUCGCCAUCUACAGCACCAUCGACGAUCCCAACCAGAAAUGCCUGAAAACAACGCGCGAAAGUCUUGACCAGGAGGCUAAGACCGCGAAUUUUACCUGGUACUACCAGGGUCUCGAAGGCUCACCUAAGACAAAGUGUUUUUACAACUUGAUGAAUGGUACUAGUCCUGCCAUCUUUUACCUGUCAUCAUGCGAUGACACCCAGAACCUUGAGCAGGCUAGGGAAUUGUACACUGACGGCACGACCUGCUUCGUGGGAUACUUUCCACCAGUUGCAGGCGAUCAAUGCAUACUGUGGGUGACCACUGACUCCAAGGAUUCCGUACCAGUAGAAUGCGAAACGAAGUUCAACGAAAAGUGCCAGGGAGAAAAGUACCGGCUUUACGACCAGAGCAGCUGUCAAUAGCCAACUUGCUCUGUCUCAAUAAAGGGACUGAAUUAUACGUACUUGGAAGCUUCUACCCGACUUUUCCUGAAUAGAAGGCACCUGUAUAUGAUAAUUAAAUGUCAUAUGCUCCCCC